CUGCGUAGCGUACUAAAGACGCGUUAACACUUUCGUUUGUUCAGUGUGCGUCUCUUGUCUAUAUAUAUAUCCUAGCCCAGCCGCACUACAAUUUUCCCACUGUUUGGGAGCACAAAUCACCGUUUGCGAACAUGGCAUCGAAUUCUUCUUCCUUCAAGAUAAUAUUGGGAUCGUCUUCGGUAGCACAUCGGAAAAUAUUGGCUGAGAUGGGAUACGACUUCACUAUCAUGACUGCGGACAUUGAUGAGAAAUCCAUCCGAAGGGAAAAGCCGGAGGGUUUGGUUAUGGCUAUUGCGGAAGCGAAGGCUGACGCUAUCAUAUCAAAACUACAAACAAUCGAUAAUGAAAAGAAGGAUGCUGAACCAACAGUUAUAGUUGCAGCAGAUACAGCAGAUGCCAUCUUACAAAGGCUCCCCAUUGGUGACAACAUAAUAAAGGAUGCUGAGCCAACACUAUUAAUUACUUCUGAUCAAGUGGUGGUCUAUGAAGGGGUGAUCAGGGAAAAACCUUCCAGCAAGGAAGAAGCACGUCAGUUUAUGAAAGACUAUUCUGGUGGGCAUGCAGCAACCGUAGGGUCUGUGCUUGUUACAAAUCUUAAAACAGGAUUCAGAAAAGUAGAUUGGGACAGAGUGGAGAUCUAUUUCCAUGAAAUACCUGAUGAAACCAUUGAGACCUUGAUUGAGGAGGGUACCGUGCUCAAGGUUGCUGGGGGACUGAUAAUCGAGCAUCCUUUGAUUCUUCCCUUAAUAAAACAAGUGGUAGGGACAACUGAUAGCGUGAUGGGACUCCCCAAGGCUCUCACUGAGAGACUGCUAAAGGAGGCCAUCUAGUUCUUGACAACCUUUUUUUUUCGAUGCUUCUUAGAUGGUACUUAAACUAAUAUUUGCAGUUUUUGUUAUUUUCCUAAAUAAUUUUCCCAGUAUCGAGCGUCAUUGAUUGAAUUUGAUAACAUUCUUACGCAUUGUUAUACCCGUCUAUUUUUGGAUAUCAAAGUUGUGUUGGAUUUUUCAAA